UCUCAUCACAUUCACACCAACUAUCAAGCAACUCUUCAAACCAGCUAAUACGUGCAGGGAACUCCAUCUCAUUUGUUUUUACACCUUUCUCAUUCCUUUGGUUCACCCUGAAGUCCAAAUCCAUCUAUAUAUAUAUUAGCACAUCAUUGUUCAACUAUCCUUAUCUCCACCACCACUCUGUUUCAAGAUAGCCACUAAGUGUGUACUACUAGUACCUUCCAUUUAAACCUAGCUAAUAAGCUAACUCACAGAGCAACACAUGGCUUCUACAGACAAGCCUGGGGACCCUGAAUACAGAUCAUCAUCAGAUCCAGCUCCGGUUGGUGUUGAUUACUUUCAAUUUGAUGUGAUACUCAGGUUUCUGUUGUUUGCAGCAUCACUGGUAUCUGUAGUGGUUAUGGUCACCAGUGAUCAAACAGAACCAGUGCUUUUCCAAGGUAGGCCUGUGCCAAGGCCAGCCAAGUUCAGAUACUCACCAGCCUUUGUAUAUUUUGUUGCUGCAUUAUCCGUUUCGGGGCUUUAUAGUAUCAUUACAAUUCUUGCAUCACUCUCUGUCAUUCAAAAGCCAGACCUCAAAACGAAGUUCCUCCUCCAUUUUAUCUUCUGGGAUGCGCUGAUAUUGGGGAUAAUAGCCUCAGCAACAGGCACAGCUGGGGGUGUGGCAUAUUUGGGUUUAAAGGGAAACAACCAUGUGGGUUGGCCUAAAAUUUGCCAUGUCUACGACAAGUUCUGCAGGCAUGUUGGUGGCUCCAUAGCUGUGGCUUUGUUUGGCAGCGUUGUGGUUGUCUUGCUCAUCUGGCUCUCAGCUCACAGCAUUCAUAGUCGCAUCCCCAAGUAGAUGGAAAAAAAACAUUGAUCAUUUCGCAGAUACAUGCACUCUAUUUCAUUGUUACAUUGUUUACUAAGUUUAGCAGUGUGUUAAGAAAUUAUUAGUGUGUGAAUGACUUCUGUGUUUCUGAAUAUUGUGGCUCCAGUACGUGUUGAUAUUUGUAAAUGAUAGUUUUCCACCAAGAACCUUGGUUGUAUUUUAUCUUUCUACUCGUGCCAUAAAUGAUUUGUAAUUAUUCUGCUCCCACCAAAAUUAUAUUUAACCGAGAAAACGUUUGUAUGAUUAA